UAGUCUUAGAAAGAUAGAGAAGAGAUGGAGUGAGAGAGAGUGUGUGUGAGAGAGAGAGAGAGAGAUGGGGAGGGAGUGGAGACGGUGAGAGAGAGAGAGAGAGGUAGAGUGAAUGUUGCAGUGUGCAGUGAGGGUCUGUCAGUAGCAGUGAGAGUGCAGUGCUGCCUGUUUCACUCCUUUCUGUUUUUCUUCUUCUUGUUUUCUCCUCAUCCAUCCAGGCUUGUGACGAGGAGAUGCAGACCAUAAGCUCUCUGCAGGAGCAGAAGGAGGACCUGCGGAAGCGUUUAUCUUACACCACCCAUAAGCUGGAGCUGCUGGAGAGUGAGUUUGACUCCACGCGGCAGUACCUGGAGACCGAACUGCGCCGUGCUCAGGAGGAGCUUGACAAAUUCACUGAUAAACUGAGGAGAAUCCAGAGCAGUUACUCAGCACUGCAGAGAAUCAAUCAGGACCUGGAGGACAAAAUCCACAGAAAUUCACAGCACCAUGAUGAUGAGAAGAGAGCGCUGAGUCGGGAAAUUAUCGUCCUCAACAACCACCUCAUGGAGGCCAAGAUGACCAUUGAGAAGCUGAGGGAGGACAAUGACCUGUACAGGAAGGACUGCAACCUAGCCGCUCAGCUCCUACAGUGCAACAAAACUCACUACAGAGCACAGCUCUCAGAGCUGCCUGCAGAGUUUCAGGAGCGUCUGAGCCUACACAUGGAGAGUUCAUCUCUAUGCCACUCUCCGUACUCCGACACUGUGCCCACCUCCAUGAUUGCCCAGGUGUUGGAAAAGCCUGAAGAAGCAGAGGCAGGAAGCAUCCAGGCCUCGCGCUCUCCCAGCCCACAGCGCCACCAGCCCCAGGGCUUCCUUGUGGGCACGGGCCUCGGCAGCAGUGAACGCCUGGGCCUCCGUGCCAUUUAUAAGUCUGAUCUGUACAGCAGCGACACGGCCUUGUAUUGCCCAGACGAGCGAAGGCGGGAGCGAAGGCCCAGCAUGGACCUCCAUGGCCAGCAGAAGCUUUAUGGUCCCCAGAACUCCACUGACAGCACCCCAGAGGAAGGAGAAGGCUCACUCUCUCUGCAGCAGGGCUUCUCUCAAGAGCGCUUCAGCAAGUUUGCCACAUCUCUGGGUGGAGCGUCUAGCUCCUACUCCAGCUUCAGUGGAGGCGGGUCUGAGGAUAAAGGGGCAGAUCCUCCAAGCAGUGCAGGUUCCUCUCCCCGACACCACGCCCAUGUCUAUAUGGACUGGAGAGACGGCGUCACCGAAUAUGAGCACAAAAGCGAUUCUUCUUGGGAGAGAGACAGUCCUAGCGCCUUCAGCAGCAAAGCCCACGGUUUCCAGGCGGCCGAACCCAGCCACCACCAGAACGGCAGCUCCCCCAUCUACAGCAGGACCAUGUCCUCCUGCUACAGCGAGCCUUAUGAACCCCUUCCACCAUCCACCUCUCCAAGUGUCACCUAUGGUGACAGUCGCCGUGGCAGCGCUCUGUUAGCUCCGGAGGAGGAAAUGGAGGAAGAGGAGCUUAUUGUUGGCCGCUGGAGGCAGCUUAGCGUUGAGGAUGUUAGUGCUCAUUCGUAUCGCAGUCCUGGGCGAGCCUCUCCUUACAGCUUCUCUGAGCAGCACUUCUCCGUCCGGCCUGCAAAGAUCCGGCUCGGACCACUCUACAGCAGCUUCCAGGAAGGUACUGAUGUGUAUCACCAUCACAGCGGGGUUCUGGACCCCUUCUCCAGCCCGAGCCCAGAGUGCAGCCCCGGGAUCCACCAGACUCACCUGUACCGGGCCAAGGAUGACAGCCAGGAAUCGGAGCACAGCAUCUACAGCUCCAAGGAGCAGAAGAGCGAGUACGUGGAAGUGAGUCCCAACAGCUCCAAUGAAUCGCUCCACCAUGCAUCUCUGGAGAUGCCUGCAGAUCUGCAGCACUACCAGCCUGAUCGGCACAGUGCCUCCCCUCAGGGAACCAGCCCUCCUCCACCCCAGCCUCCGCCGCAAUACCAAAAAUUUGGCACCCUGGGUCUGUCACGGAAGGACAGUCUCACCAAGGCUCAGCUCUAUGGUACCCUGCUAAACUGAAGACAAAAGGUCCCGUUCCCUUUCCAGCAGGAACUGAAUGUUAUACCAAUCAAGCCAAACAUAUUUGGGGAUAUUUGGUCGAAACAGUUUCCGUUUAUAAGUUUUCUCUCUAUUCUCUACUUUGGUAGUGGUCCAUGUUUUCUACGGAGUGGACAUGGCGUUCUGUGGUUCAUAUGAAAUCCACAGUGUUUGUACAGCUUGUCUGAAAGAGCGUGGUACUGGUCCCGGUCCGUGUGGUUGAUGAAAGCUGCAGGCUCUGUUUACUUCAUGCGUUUUUGAGAAAAAUGUGAUUUGAUAUAAAGUGUGAGUGGAGUGAGGAAAUGCUAUGUCAAAUCUUGGCCAACCUGAGAUUACCUGAUUGCAGAGAGGGUUGAAAAACGUAUGCUAGUUGUAAAAAGAAAAACUUUUGACGGUGAAAUUGAACUUAUAUUUUAUGCAUAGCUGUAUUUAUUGUUAAGUAUGAUAUAUCAGUGAAUGUGUCACACAAUUAUAAGCUGAGGUGGUUUGGAAGGUCUGUGAAGAAAUGCUGACCACUUCAUGAACCUUUCAGAUGUGAAAAUUCCAGAUAUUUGAAAGAGGAAAAGCCUCAAAGUGAGAACGUAUGGACUUUUGACUUGAUCUGAUAAAGGAUGAAGGAAUGGCCAUUGCGACAAUAAUGCAACGGUAACGUUAAUAUCCCGCUGACACGCAUUUCCCCUGGGAUUUUCUUUCGAGGCAGGUUUGCAACCAAAGCUCCACUUAAGUUCAGCUCUACUUCGACUUGAAUAGAGUACAAUAUCUUGAAAGCGCUGGAAUAGCGAUUGUUUAUUUCUUUCUUUCGUUUUCCGUGUGCUUUGUUACUGAUUGAAUUUUUCUGAGGUUGCUGUUCUUUUCGGUGUUUUCCCUCUUGUGUUUCUUGCAGUGCUCGGAGUCUCCCCCCGGCCCUCUCUACCUCACGCUUUCUGAUCCUCCUUUUCCUCUUCUAAUCAGCUGCCACCCUGUGUAGGCUGACACCAUGAUGCAUGACUCUAUUUCUUCUGUUUGGUUUUCUCUAUCUAAUAAAGCACAAGCACUGCGCAUUC